AUGCUGAAUUUAAUCCAGCUGAUAUUUAUGUUCUUUUUGACCAACAUUAGCACAACUGAUGCAGAGAAACUUUUCCAUAAUCGGGAUCAUUCUGAUACGCAGAUACUUAAUUCUCACAAAGCUCAGGCUAUAACAGACAAAUAUGGAUUCAUCAAGCCAGUUAACUGGGAGGAGGUUCGGUUUGAGGAUUCAGACACCUCUUUCAGUGGUGACUUCCUCGGCGAUCUUCAAGCCACAAUCCAGGAGGGAACCUCAGCGUCUUACUCGAGGGCUGCUCAUCGAGCUGGUGAUCAGCAGGGCUAUAACCGUCAAAAUGAGAACCAAGCCUUUAUUUCAGCACUUAAAGAGUUUCAGAGGGUUUCAGGUCUGCCUCUUACAGGAGUGUUUGAUGAGGCCACCAAGUUAGCAAUGAACAAACCAAGGUGUGGAGUCCCUGAUAAAGAGACUGGUCUGACCAUCCCUGUCAUCACUACAGCACCUCAGAGCAGUGGUGACUUUGAUUUUGAAAACAGUACCACUGAGACCAACAGGAACAACACAGCAAGUGACAUAAUCAGUGGCACUUCUUUAGGUACUGCAAAUUUCUCUGAAGACGACAUAUUAAAUUUUAAUGAUACAGACGGUGUGUUCACAGCCAUUUCCAAUGACACCAGCAUGAAUUAUACAACGGAGCUUUUAAAGAUCACUUCCCUAAACAGCUCGCACGACAGCAGACCGGGCAGCCAAACGGGGAAUAUCAGUGCGAACGCGCAUCCGAGUGAAGCAGUGAGACGCAAGAAGGAACCUCUCGCAAGUCUCAUAUCCAAAAGCAGGCGGAAGAGAGAUUUGACUCCAACUGGCCACAUGGCUUUUUCCAAGAAGGUGUUAAACUGGCGGCUGAUAGGAGAAGGCUACAGCAGCCAGCUGACUAUUGACGACCAGAGAUACAUCUUCAGACUGGCUUUCAGGAUGUGGAGUGAGGUGUCGCCACUGGAAUUUGUGGAGGAUACACAUGCCCCAUUGGAGGAUGUUGACAUCAAGCUGGGAUUUGGUACAGGAAGGCAUCUGGGAUGUAAUCAGAAGUUCGAUGGCACUGGUCAAGAAUUUGCCCAUGCUUGGUUCCUGGGUGAUAUACACUUUGAUGAUGAUGAGCACUUCACAACUCCCAAUGUUGGCAGUGGAAUCAGCCUUCUCAAAGUAGCAGUUCAUGAGAUUGGCCAUGUUUUGGGUCUACCUCACAUAUAUAGACCCGGAUCCAUAAUGCAGCCCAGCUAUCUACCGCAGGAGUCCAGCUUUGAAAUGGACUGGAUGGACAGAAAAGCUAUACAGCAACUCUAUGGAGGCUGUAAAGGUCGGUUCAACACGGUGUUUGAUUGGAUCAGAAAGGAGAGGACACCCUAUGGGGAGGUGGUGAUCCGCUUUAACACCUAUUUCAUGAGAGAUGGCUGGUACUGGCUGUAUGAGAACAGAAAUAAUAGAACGCGUUAUGGUGAUCCAGUUCCGCUGCAAACUGGCUGGCAUGGGAUCCCAAUGGAUGGAGUAGAUGCACAUGUCCAUGUCUGGUCCAGGAGAAGAGAUGCUGUAUAUUUCUUCAGAGGUACUCAGUUCUGGAGGUAUGAUAGUGAGAACGACCAGGUGUUUGGACAAGACUCUGAAGGCCACCAUUAUCCGAGGUUAAUCUCUGAAGGAUUCCCAGGGGUGCCAAGUCCUAUUGACACAGCCUUUUAUGACAGGAGGGACUCCCACAUCUACUUCUUUAAAAACAAUCUUGUGUAUGCAUUCAGCAUGGAAGCCAACAACUUGGCAAGAGGGUUCCCAAAAAACAUCAGAGAUGUUUUCCCUCCUGUGGUGAACACAGACCAUCCAGAUGGCAACAUUGACGCUGCCUACUUCUCCUACACUCACAAUGCCAUCUUUCUACUCAAGGGCAUACGCUUCUGGCAAGUAGUGGGCAGUCGUGAUCGCUGGCGACGGCCCUUUCUGCCACGAAAUGGCCUGCUGCCACAUAAGGAGGUGGAUCAGCAUUGGUUUGAUAUCUGCAAUGUUCAUCCCACUGCACUCAAACUAACCCGCUGA